AGGCUAUCCAAUGUUUGGGAAACUCCUUAAUGAAAGCGGACGGCCCAUGUUGUAUUCCUGCAGCUGGCCAGCUUAUCAAAGCCACCCAAAUUACCUUGCAAUUGCGGAAUCGUGCAACAUAUGGCGGAACUACGCUGAUAUUGGAAAUAGUUGGCAGUCGGUGGUGGGCAUCAUGACAUGGUUUGGGGACCACCAAGACGAGUUCGUUAAGUUCGCCGGCCCAGGGCACUUCAACGAUCCUGAUAUGCUUGUAAUUGGAAAUUCAGGGCUGACAGUAGACCAGGCAAGAGUGCAGAUGGCUGUCUGGUCUAUUUUAGCUGCUCCCCUCAUCAUGAGCGCUGACCUAUCCACCAUGAAGUCGGAGUUCAAGGAGGUCCUGUUGAACAAGGAUGUGAUAGCAGUGAACCAGGAUGUCUUGGGCAAACAAGGUCUUAGGGUUUGGACCAGUGAUGAUAAAAAGCAGGUGAUCUGGCAUCGAGAGUUACAAGGUAAAGCGCGUGCGCUGGCCUUUGUCAAUCUCGGAGAUAAAGCAAUUGAUAACUCAUAUACACAUGAGCAGAUGGAGCUACCGAUACAAGAUUUUAUUGUGCAGGUGUGUUCACUCGUCCCUGUUCUUCAUCAGUAUCAUCAUCCACUGCUGAGUAAAGGGCUCUUGGCAUUAGAGCGGGUUUUAUACUAA